CGCCGGCCUCAGUCAACGAGCGUUCGCGAGUCAGUUACGAUCGUUUCGGUGUCUCAUCGUUUCUUUUUUCUCUCGAUACUCGGUCGUCCGCCACUUCGACGAUAGCGUAGCAUGUGCCCACCAGUUCACAGUCACGUACACGUUUACCUGCCGCAUCAUCAGCCUCACAAUAAACUCGUCUCGUACGGCUACCGUUAGGGUUGCCGUGACACCGUGCCCGUACACUUUUCUCGCAACAAAAACCGGCAACGCCAUCGCAGGUUUUUACCAACACUCGAGUGCUGGCAGGCUUUAGGCACAAAAGAAAGCGUCAUCAUACGUGUGCGGUGAUAGUAUGAUUUUUUCUUGGAUAUUCUAGUGAAAUUGUUCGGGGAUCGUCUGUACCGGGUGGGCGAGAGAUUCGCACGUGGUGAGUGGUAGUGUGCAGAACGCGUCCUGCGGUCGAGCUACGUAUUUUCCGUCCUCGAUUUCUAUCGGUGCUGCGAAGAACAAAGAAGGCGUGGAGGUUCCGAGAUAGAAAAGGCGACGAAACAGCUUUAAAGUCGCGGCACGAAAAAAGAAUCGAGUAAACGGUACGGAAAGAUCGGGGACAAGAUACGAAAUUGCGAGAGCAGCCGAGGACCGAGCAGCGAGAAGGAACGAGAACGAGGAGGAGGAGAGAGAAAGACAACGAUAGAAAUCUCAUUUCGACGAACAACCAGCCAUCGAGUAAGAUGAGCUGCUGCACGAGUGCCCCGAUUGUAACCCAGACAUGCGAGACGCUUCUAAGCAAGUGCGAAGUGCCGAUCAUCGACCUCGCACACAUGGGGACUGAGAGAUGUCCUCAGAAGGGUGUCGUGAAACAAGUGGCUUCGAAGCUGGUAAGGGCGCUGUCCGAGAAAGGACUGGCCUUGCUCGUCAACCAUGGCAUUCCGGAAUGCAAGAUGAAGGCUGCCUACAGAGCUCUGGAUGCGUUUUGCGAACUUCCAGAGGAAACUCGAGCCAAAUACGAACGCAGCUUGCCUGGCAGCCAUGGCUACCUCAAACCAGGACCUUCCACGCACACCGACGAGAAAGAAGCACGCCAUCUUUUCAACGUAACCGGAAGCGGAGGAAAUCUUCCGGACCACGAGGUGCCUAAUUUCAGGUCGGCGGUCGACGAACUGGCACGGGAUUUCAAGCAACUCUCCGCCAUGCUCCUAACAGCUCUGGCCGUGGGGCUAGAGCAAUCACCCGAUUUCCUGCUGUCGAAGCAUUCGCACAUGCUGGGACCUGAUAACGAGACGACCCUUCGCCUUCUUUACUAUCCACCUCUCGGUCCACCAGUGCCAGGAUUGGCUCGUUACGGCGCUCAUUGUGACUACGGCACCUUCACAUUGCUAGCACAGGAUUGCGAGGGAGGUUUGGAAAUACAAACUCCUUACGGAGAACGAUGGGGUAGGGUCGGUCAUCUUCCAGGUGCUAUUCUGGUGAACACCGGCGACAUUUUAGCAAAUUGGACCAACAACCAACUUCCAGCUUUGAGACAUCGCGUCGUUGUCCCGGAACUCUGUGGUCGGGGUCGUCAUUCCAUCGCCUUCUUCGUCCACCCAGACAAUAAUACUCUCAUCGAGCCUUUGGACACAAAGAUCGGGACAACCAAUCAAGAACCAGCGCCGUGUCGUCUGCUUAAAAAGAAACGCGGCGUUCUGACCGCGUACCAACACCUGCAACGUCGUCUUCGAGAAACUUACGCCUCUUAACGUUCGUCGAGACAACUGCGUCUUUCCUCUCGAAAGGAAUCGGUCCUAGUAACGUCACCGGUGAUCGAUAAACGCGUUCACUGAUAAAGGCGAUAAAUUUUGGACACAGCAACGAGAUGAAUUUAUCCAAUUCGAAUAGAUUACUCGUCUUAUAUGGAAAUUGACGUGCAAACAAAGAACAGGAAAAACGCCAUUGGUAAAUGUAAGACGGUAAGAAAUCCCAUUGGUGAAUGUAAGAGGUGGUUGUUGCGUCGCGGAGGCAAUAAUAUAGAAAUUUGUACUUACACUUUGUAAAAAGGCAUUUUGUACGGAUGAUUUAAUUUCCUAAUAACGAAAGGGAAAAUGAGGAUGUUUAGUAGCGUGUUUCUUUUAUUUUGUAUUAGACUUAAUACUAUCUCUUAUAAAUUUUUUUAAAUAAAAACAUCGACUUAAAAUCCAGGA